UGCCUCGCAAGCAGACUUCAACACCAUGGGACCACGCGCGGCUUCUCCCGCGCUCUCCGAGAACGAGUUCGACAUAUCGAAGGAUCUUUACGAUCAGUCUGAAGAUGACGCCAACGACUCCGAUAGCAUACUGCCGCCUCCCGCAUCCGCUAAGGCGCAGAAACCGCAGGCUGGCGAGCAAGAGCUUGGACUCAAUGACAUUGGAGAAGAUAGCAGCGAUGAUGAAGCCUACAUUGCAGCUCGCCAGGCUGCAUCCAACAGGAAAACGACCAAUCUGAAAGGCAGAAGUGUAAAGAAGAGCGGCGGAUUCCAAGCCAUGGGUCUGAAUUCCCACUUGCUCAAAGCAAUCACACGCAAAGGCUUCUCAGUCCCUACGCCUAUUCAGCGUAAGGCAAUCCCUGUCAUUAUGGAUGGGCAAGACGUGGUGGGAAUGGCCAGAACGGGUUCUGGGAAGACAGCAGCUUUUGUUAUACCUAUGGUGGAGAAGCUCAAGGCGCAUAGCGUGAAAGUUGGAGCUAGAGGCAUAGUUAUGUCGCCAUCAAGAGAAUUAGCUCUGCAGACUCUGAAGGUCAUCAAAGAACUUGGUCGUGGGACGGAUUUGCGCACUGUCCUGCUCGUUGGAGGUGACAGCCUGGAAGAACAGUUUGGAUCCAUGACCUCAAAUCCUGAUAUUAUAAUCGCAACUCCUGGUCGAUUUCUCCACCUCAAAGUUGAAAUGGGUCUGGACUUAUCGGCGGUACAAUACAUCGUAUUCGAUGAGGCCGAUCGGCUCUUCGAGAUGGGUUUCGCGGCUCAACUUGCAGAAAUUCUCCACGCACUUCCACAGUCAAGACAAAGUCUACUGUUCUCCGCAACGCUCCCGAAGUCCCUCGUCGAAUUCGCGCGCGCUGGCCUCCAAGACCCCAAGCUUAUUCGCUUAGACGCAGAAACCAAGCUAUCCCCCGAUCUACAGAGCGCUUUCUUCACACUGAAGAGUGCAGACAAAGAUGGUGCCCUUCUGAAUGUGUUACAAGACGUCAUAAAGAUGCCACUUGGUGCAACAGAGAACGCACAGAGGACGAGAGACCAAAGUUCUGGGAAGAAGCGUAAACGAGGCCCUGAUGGGCCGGCACCAAACGAGUUGCCAACCGAAUUCUCGACAAUCAUAUUCACGGCAACAAAGCAUCACGUUGAAUAUGUUUCAGCGCUGCUACGAUCAGCAGGGUAUGCAAUUUCCUACGUCUACGGUUCCUUGGACCAAACGGCGCGCAAGUUGCAAGUCGAGGAGUUUCGUGCAGGUCUAUCAAAUAUUCUCGUUGUCACCGAUGUUGCUGCUAGAGGUAUAGAUAUGCCCAUUCUCGCUAAUGUCAUCAACUACGAUUUCCCGCCACAGCCCAAGGUCUUCGUUCAUCGGGUCGGGAGAACAGCCCGAGCCGGUAACAAGGGCUGGAGCUAUAGUCUGGUACGGGACUCGGACAUGCCGUACCUACUGGAUCUUCAAUUGUUUCUGAGCAAAAGGCUUGUGUUGGGAAGGUCUGGAGAGCCGCCCAAUUUCGCCCAAGAUGUAGUGGUGGGUGGUCUUGUUCGCGAUAAGCUGGGGAAAGCGUGCGAAUAUGUCAAUAAGCUAAUCGAUGAGGACGACGAUCUUGCCAAUCUUCGUUCUGUGGCGGUGAAGGGAGAAAAGCUGUACAUGCGCACACGUAAUUCGGCAUCUAGCGAGAGUGCCAAACGCUCCCGUGAAAUCCUUUCAUCUCGUAGCUCCGCAGAGCUCAACUGGCUGUUUACAGACGAAACUAAUGAUGCCGAACUGGAGCGCGAAAAGAUGCUUGCAAGAGUGAGCGGCUUUCGACCCAGUGAGACGAUAUUUGAAAUCGGGAAACGAGGUAGCGGGGCAGAGGCUGCUGAAAUCAUGCGAAAGCGUCGGGAAAGAAUAGACCCAUGGCGACAGCGAGCCAAAGACAUUGAUGGAGCCAACGCCAUUCCAGACAUAACAAAAUUCGAUACGGCUAAAGACACGACAGAUGGCAACAACGACGUGAACCCUGAGGCCAUUGAGCAGCUGGACCCUGACUCAGAAGACGAGUUGCAGAUUACCGUAACACAGACCCAGCCUUCGAGCUCAGUCGCAAAUAACGCAUGGGAAGAUCCGGAUCAUUUCAUGUCGUACGCUCCGAAGUCCCUCAACCUCGUCGAAGAUAAAGCCUAUGGCGUACAGUCCGGAUCAUAUGACACAUCGGGACGUAAUAGCAAUUUUGUAGAAGCCUCACGCGGAGCGACAAUGGAUCUCAACAACGACGAAUCACGAGGAUUUGCAGAGGCAACGAAAGCGCGGGGUAUGAGGUGGGACAAGAAAAGUAAAAAGUAUGUGGCCCGGGCGAACGACGAGGACGGGUCCAAGGGCGCCAAAAUGAUAGUCGGGGAAAGCGGGCAGAAGAUAGCAGCAAGCUUUAGGAGCGGACGAUUUGAUGCAUGGAAGAAGUCAAAUAAGCUCGAUCGGUUGCCUCGAACCGGGGAAACGGAAACGUCACGAGCGAAGAUGCACAGCAUUGGACGGCGGUACAAACACCAAACUGAGAAGGCACCAAAGGAGGCAGACAAAUACAGAGACGACUAUCAUACGCAAAAGAAACGUGUCAAUGAAGCCAAGGAGAAACGGAUCGGCAAGUUCAAGGAUGGUGGCGCGAAGAACGAACUGCGUGGAGUUGACGACGUUCGUAAAGAUCGAAAGCUCAAGGCGAAGAAGCAGGAGAAAUUUGGCAGACCGGCCAAAAAGAGGAAAACAUAGCGGUGGCUUGACGAUACGUGCGGUAUGCACAGAUAUCACGAAGGCUAGAAUUAUCCAGCUAUUGAUAUUAUUCUGAUUAAUAUUCCAGGAGAUGAAUCAAUAUCAGAAAUGAAAUACACUUUGACCCGAACAAGGAAGGCGCUUGCUAUAGAGCGUGGGAAUGCGCCUUCUCCACCGGAGGCAUGAGCCUGAGUUCUUCGCCAUCCCCUUAUGGUUGCAUCGCAACCCAGAUGGGAAUAGCGUGGCCGGAUCGGGUCUAGACAAGUAAGCUAAUACCUAUCUAGGUAGUAAGGAUGUAGAGUGCAAGAAAGUCAGAUGGCGGAAGACUGUCCGUGGCAGUGUGAUGACUGUGACCAGUUCCCUUACAAUGGCGGGAUUUCCGACGAUAUAUAGAUAGGUUAUCCAUCAUUCAACCUACUAUAAGC